AGUUUCAAAACACAAACUGGCCGUAAGAAAAAAGUUGAUUUAUUAAACUAAUUAAAGAAUAGGAUUUCAUCCAUUAGACAGUUUUCUUUUGCGUCGUGCGUUUGUUGGGAAUACUUGUGAAUAAGAUCAACAUUAACGAUGUCAACAGCAAAGUCAACAUCUGACGAUGAUCUGCGCUGGAUUCGUGCUCCAGCAUCCAGUAAUCCAGAAUUCCGACCCAGUGUAUUUCCGGAAACGAUGUCAACAACAAAACCAAAUGUAGACAGUGAACUGCGCUGGGUCCGUGCUCCAGCCUUGGAUAAUCCCAGCUUCCAACCAUACGUGUUUCCGGAAACAAUACUAGAAAAAGCGAAGCGCAAAACCCUCGCAAAUCCCAUCGUUCCUAUCGGCGUUCUUGCUACUAGUGCUGCUCUUGGAUACGGAUUAAUCAGCAUGCGCCGAGGAAAUUCGGUGAUGUCGCAGUACAUGAUGCGCGCCAGAGUAGCAGCGCAAGGUUUGACCAUUGUCGCGCUGGUGCUCGGUGUAUAUUGGGGAGCAAAAUGAACAUUAAUUAUUGCGUUUCGUCUGGUGGUGUAGAUUUUUGUUAUACAGUGUGAAUUUUUGGAAGUUAAUAUACAGCUCUCUUAUCUGAGUUUGCCUGCACAUCCGUAAACUGGAAGAUUCGAUAAACUCAGUGGUCAAUUCUCGACUAACUGGAUUAAUUUAAUUUGGAAACUGGUUGUUUGAGUCUUCCAUCUUCUACUUUUUAAUGGAGCAGACGUUAAUUGUAUUGCUUAAACAAUAAUCUUAUACAACAAAUACAGUAUGGACGGCAAGAAAACCAAUAAAUAUUUAACAAA